AUGCAAGUAUUAAGGGAAGAAUAGGAUGACUUUAAUGAUAAACAGUCCAGACACAGUUAAAGAGACAUUUCAACUUAAAGAACUAAGGCCUCUCUUAAGAUUAAAAACAUAUUCAAAAAGAGCCUCCUUGAAAAAGCUAGAUAAAGGCUUAAAAUGCCAGGAUAUUUUAGAAAACCAUCUGUUGUAUUGUUAUUUAAGAAAUCUUGUCGACUGAUCCUCAUCCUUACUUUUAUUGGUUUAAUAGUUCUGCUUUUCACUUUGAUUUUUCAAUUGUUUGCAUAUUUUAUAACAAACAUUGGAGCAUCGAUUCUUGGUAGGACAUUCUGUACGAUUGCAGCUUUUCCAGGCAGCUUCUGGUUUUGGAGAAAGGAUAUCGAGUACAGAUUUUCAAUGUAAAUUUGCCAUUGCCUUUUAUUAAUAAUAUUCAGUGAUAAUUGUAUGCAAUUGAAAGCAAAUAUAAAGGUCGCUAGAGAAUCAAUAGAAUAGAUGGAGGAAGGGUAACAGAAAGAUUUAUGGUCAUUAGAUCUUGAUUAAUAAAAAGAGUAAGGCUAUUAAGAUUAAGGAAGCAGAUCAUUUAACGUCGAUGUAUUUUUGCUAGAGGACCCGAAUAACAUGAAGAAUUUUUAAGAGCUUAUCUCAACAUUUAAGGAAUUUGAGUUACUCCUUAACUAAUACUUCAAGCCAAAUAAUUUUAAGGAUACAAUAAAAUAUUAUUUUGGUGCUAAACCCCUUGGAACAGGCGAUCUUAUGAGAGCUGAAAUGAUUAUGAAAUAUAACGGAUAGUAAUUUUGGGUUACCAGUUUUGAUGGAAAAUAAAUUGACUGUAUGAUUUUAAAAUCAAACACAAUUCGACCAUCAGAUUCAAGCAAUAGCAAUAACUCAAACAGAUUGUCUGAAGAUAGUGAGUAGAUGAGUUAUUAAAAUAAACCCACAGUACUUUUUUGCAAUCCUAAUGCCUGCUAUUAUGAAUAUUUGCAUUACUAGAAUGAAUGGAUUGACUACUACUAUAAUUUAGGAGUUAAUAUAGUUAUUUGGAACUACAGAUGCUACGGAAGAUCUUAAAAGGGCUCAAUUAGUCCAACUGCUAUAAUGAGAGACGGCGAGAAAGUAUGUCAAUAUGUAAGAAGCAAUUUGAUAUCUGGGAAACUAGCCAUUCAUGGAGAAUCAUUAGGAGGGUGUGUUGCAAGUUAUAUUGCAAAAAAAUGCAAGGUAGAUUUUGUAUUUGUUGAUAGAACUUUCGCAUCAAUGUCUGAUAUUGCCUUCUGGACAUUUGGUGGAAGGAUUGCUUGCACAUUGUUUCUAGUUUUAACUAGGUGGUCAGAAUAAUGCUGGGUUAAUUUUUGGGAGAUUUAGGAAUGUUACAAAUUAAUGGGAUGUGAUCCAGACGACAAAAUUAUUACUGAUCUUGCAUCUCAAAGGAAUUGCAUAGCUAAACACCUUAUCAGAUCAAAGUUAGAUGCCAAUCUCUCCUCUAUACCAAAAUACAAAUCAGAGUAAAAAUUGAACGUAGAUAACUAUAUUAUUUCAAAACAAGAUUUUAAGAUAUUCAAAGAUAGUUUAAUAAAUUUAUCAGAGAUGUUUACUGAUUUUUAAGAGAGAGCUAGAUUAAUACCCUUAUUAUCCCAAAAUGAAAAGUCAAAAAGACAAAGUAUGAAGCUAAAUGAUAACUCAUUGUCUAUUGAUGUUGAUUAAGACCCAAUAAAUAAAUUGAGAGAUAAGGAAUUCAAGAAAAAAAUUUAGCUUGGUGGUAUGACUCCUAAUAUAAAUUAAUUGAACUAUCUGAAUAAUGAUUUAUUGCCUGAGGUCAAUCUAGAGAAUGGAGACUUUAACAACAAUAAUAAAGAUUUUCUAAUUGAAAGUGCUCAUGUCAAAUCUAACUUUGGCAUUAAUAAUCUUCUUAAUAAUUCUGAAAUUGUAUCAGGUGGUAAGGGUGUUAUUCCAGAUGCAUAGAUAAAAAAGAUAUCUCAUCAUAAGAAAAAUAUUCUCAGCCUUUAACUCCCUUAGAUUUAAUUCUAUGGCUCAAGUCAUGCUCCGCAUGAACCAAUAGAGACUGAUUUAGAGGGAAUGUCAGCACUUGAAGAAAAAUAUAUGAGCAUGAAUAUAAUGAGUAAUAGAACAGGGGUUUCAUAGAAACCAUAACUCUAGGCAAUUCCUAAUAAAUAAUCAGAUGAGUAAAGAAGAGUUUAAAAGAUAGAGUAAAAAUAUAUGCUAAUGGAGGAGAAUUCUCAUAAGAAGACAAAUUUCAACUCUCUAUAUCAGAUUCUAUUAAAGAUCAGAAGAAUAUUAGGAUAGAUUGAUGCUGCGGGGAAACCAUUAGUUUCUAUUAUCGACUAGAGACAUAAGGGAAGGUUAGCGUAAUUUAGAUAAGAAGAGGAACUGCAAAUGUUCAUUGCAAAUCUUGAAAUAUUUGGUAGUAUGCAUCCAUUUUCAUCUGAUGAUUUCCCUAAUUACUUAAAUCAAAGAUUCAAAGCACUAAAACAACUAUCUAAUGUUAGAGAUAUCCUUUAUAAGUUGGAUAGCUAAUUCCAUUUAAAAGUUUAAAAUACUGAGCUCAGAACAUCUAAGAAUGAGAAAGAUCUCAGUGAUUUGUUCGAACACGAAAAUCCUUUCCAUCAUGUUAAAUCAUUUGAGGAAGUGAAGCUUGGAGAAAAGGAUAUUGAUGAUUUGGACUUUGAUGCAGAAAUAGCUUAUGAUGUAUCAUAGAAAUAUAGCGACAAUAACAACUUCUCUUGGAAGCACAGAGAUAGUAUAGAGAGUGAUCAGAUAAAAUGUGAUAUAAAGGAGUCAGAGAGAAAGUUGUAAAGGUCAGAGUCAUAGAAUUCCACUACUAAUGACUUAGUAGUUGAUAAUGCAGUUUAGUAGCUAUAAGAAAGGCAAAAAUUGAUUAUCAGUGGAGUUACAAGUGUAGAGCCUAGUACUUAAAAUGAGUCAUCAAUAACAAUGAAUGUCAUAAAUCACACUGAUUUGAACCAAACAACAGUUCUUAAAGGCAUUUCUGCUAAUCUCCCAAAACCUGCUUUUGAUAACAUGAUUGAACCAACAGCUGAAUAAAUAGGUCAUUAUUUGCUAUUGUAAUGCGGACACAACGGAUAUUUUUCACAUAAAGAGAGACUAAUUUAUGAGAAGCAUUUAGUUAAAUCAGGAUUUAUAAGUGAAACAUAGCUAAGUCAUGUAAAUAUGAACAGAGCUUCUUGUGUUACGAUUGAUGACUUUGAAGGAGGAGGGGGGUAUAGAACCAAAGCAAAUUUAGAAUAGCUUCAUAGCAAUUCUACUCACGGGAGCUAACAGCAAAUGCUAAUGCUAUUGUAAAGUUCAAAUAUGGAUACUAAUAUUGCAAAUUUAACGACUUAUAACAACACGAUGGGGCUCAAAGAUUUGAAAACAAUAACAGGAGAUAAUACUUAAGUUACGGAGGGGACCAAGGUAUUUGGCUAGAAAUUGCAAAGCGAAAGAUUAUAGCAAGAAGCUAGUGUCUUAAAUGAUAGCUAUUUGCCUUUCAAUGAUUGA